AUGGGUUUACCAAAAGAGGAACGGGAAAAACCCCCAGAGGCUGAUCUAAAGACGCAGCUUGAAGAUAUCCAAAGGAGAAUUGACCAUGAAACAGAGGAGGCGCUUUCGAAGCGAGCCUCCAAGCGGCGUGCACCGUUUUCUAAUAUACUGAGCCAGCGCGACAAGAGGACAUCCAUGCCCGUCUUUGCUGGUAGCUCUACCCAUAAUAAUGUCGCUAAUAGCACUUCGUCUAAGGAUGUAAAUUUCGUUGUUGGGCUAAGCGAGAACUUACUUCUCGAGUGUCGUCGCCUUCAAGCCGAUAAUGAAAGCAAGGCAAGCAGUUUGAGAUCAUUGCAGCAAGAUUAUCAAGCUCUAAAGGCGACCUUUGAGAAGCUUUCUCGAAGACUGCAUGGCACGGAGAAGGAAAGUGCAGUGUUAAAGGACUCCAAUUGGGAACUAGAAACAAAAUUACAGCAGAUGUCACAGCAAUUAAAGCUACUUCGGGACGCUUCAGAGAAGUCCCAAAAAGAGCUUCGUGCUCAAUUGGAUACAUACAACGUUACACGAAGCGAACUUGAGGAGUUAUCCCUGGAUAGACUGGGCCUCAAAAAAGAGCUUGAAUCUGUUCAUCAGAACUAUUUGAAAGAAAUCGCGGAUUUGAAGAAAAAUGUUUCUGAUUUGAAUGAGGAGAAUGACGAGCUCCAGCAGAAGCUGGAUAGUAUGAAUAAUCAAAUUUUACAGUUGAGAAAGGACAUGUCAAACAGCACGUCACCCACGCUCUCAAGCGCCGGCGCGAACGCGGAGCCUGUUACCUUGGCCAAAAAUAUAACAAAGGUCAGUGAGAAUGUGCGUGACCUUGCUUUCGAUUCAAGUUCGCAGAGCUCUGUUGCGGACCUUGAAAGCGCCAACCAGGUAAUUGAAACCCUUCGAAAGCAAAUUUCGAAACUGAAAUCUGCACGUAGUCACACUUUUACCAAUAAGCAAGGUGCUCAUGAUCAAGAAUCUUCUACUUUGAGCAGCUCUCCUCUCCCUCUUACUGGUACACUCACUUCAAAUAAGCACAUGACGCCUACAAAAUCAAUCAAGCGCCAUAAGAGCAAAAACCAUGAAAGACGACACAGCAUUCAAAGUUCUGACGAUUUCAAUUUCUCCAUCUCUUCUGAAUGCAUACGUGCACAAACUGGUACUGAUGACGAAGGUCUUGAAAGCGAUGUUUCCGAUACGCUUGAUAUUGUGCGGAAUCCAAUCUUAGAUGAGCUUGAUACAAGCAAAUACGAAAUUGACCCUGAAGAAUUUAGGCGAUAUGCUGAGAAGAAUAACCUUAUUGUUCUUCAUAAAAGUGAGUUUGAUGUUAUCAAUGGACCACACAAGAACAGUGGCGAUCGCAACCAAAAUGAUAUAAUCAAAGAACUGAAAAACCAGGGCUAUAAAGUUUUUCAACAAGCCGAGUUCGAAACAUUGUGUGACUCUUUAAUCUCUCAAAAACCGUCACAUUGUGAACUCGAAUCACUGGCUGCAAGCGCUGACAAAAAACUUAUUUCACACGACGAAUAUACCAACUUGAAGAAUCCGCCGCUACCUUGGUUGCUGGACCAAGUAACGGCAGCAGGCUAUGCUGCCAUUAAGGCUAACGAAUAUCAAGUAAUUCAAAACAGGGCUGAGAACCCUAAUCUGGAAAUUUUGAAAGCAGGGCUUCAAAGGCAUGGAUUAAUGCCAGUAAAAGAAGAGCUUUUUCAAAAAAUGGUUCAUCCCGAUGUGAAUAGCAUUUCUGUAUAUGCCAAAACAAUGGGCUAUGAACUGGUCGACACCAAAUCUUGGGCUUCUAUAAAGGAAAUUGCGCAUAACCCAACCUUGGAUUUUCUCUCCGAUGCAGCCAAGGGAAGAGGUCAGGUAGUCAAACCAGUUGAGGAAUAUGAGGCCCUUUCUCAUCCUUCUUUAGAGGCUGUUUCUAAUCUAGCCUCGGAAUACGGAUACGUAACAUUUCCUAAAGAAGAUUUCGAUAAAAUUAAAAACUUUGAUAUUCAGUGGGCAAAAGAACAAGCAUCAAGCCAUAACUUUGUUCUUGUUAGUAAGCAAGAGUAUCAAAAGCUUCAGCACCCAUCAAUGGAGGAACUCAAAACAAAAUCAUUGGCGCUUGAUAAUAUUUUAGUUCCCAAAGAGGUUCACAAGGAACUCAGUGAGCCGUCGAUAUCCAAGCUGAAGGAACUAGCGGCAGAAAAGGACUUUGCGGUUAUCUCGUCAACGGAACUACGGCAGCUUGAAAAAUGUGUAGAAUCACCAGACGAAGGUCAAAUUCGCUUGGGUGCAAAGAAGCUAAAACUGACGGUCCUCCAUGAUAGUCAAUAUUUGUCGAUGCAGGAUGAGCUAAAAAAUCCCAAGUUCGACGUCAUUCAAAAGUGUAUUGAAUCCUCGACCAUGGAUGGUUUCACUGACUGGGUAGGCCGCGAAUUUGAUUCUGUUUUGAUUAAGAAAGACGAGCACGAAAAGCUAAUUAAUUUAAGCCGAAACCCAACUUUGGAACAUUUGAGCAGUAAAGCAUCAGACCGAGGUUAUUGUGUCGUCGAGGAAAAGGAACUUUCCGAACUCAAACGUCGGUUGGCAUGUGAUGACCUCGACAUUUUGAGUUCCAAAUGUCUCGAGCAUGGAAAGACAUUAGUUGAUAAGGAAUUUUAUGAUAAGCUCUAUGAGGAACAUGAAAACCCUAGUAUUGAUUACCUGAGGUCCAAUGCGAAGUUGGUCAAUUAUGAGUUGAUAGAAUCGGGGAAAUUAUCAUCCAUCAGAAUGCAAAUUACUAGCCCACCUUUCAUCUUUUUGGAAGAGAAGAUAAAAGAGAUGGGUUACGUCCCCAUCAAGAAAGAUGAUUAUUCAAUCCUUAAGAGAACAGUCGAACUGCCAGACAGGAAAUAUCUUGAAGACAAAGCAGGUCAACUGGGCCUAGUUUUGAUUGCUAAAAGGGACCACGAAACUAUGAAGAAGACUUUCGAGGCGCCAGACGCAUCAUUCCUUGAGGAGAAGGCGGGCCAACUGGACUUCAUCCUGGUUCCAAAGAAGGACCACGAGAAUUUGAAGAAAACUGUCGAGGCGCCAAAUGUAUCAUUCCUUGAGGAGAAGGCGGGCCAACUGGACUUUGUCCUGGUCCCUAAGAAUGACCAUGCAACCAUGAAGAAGACUUUCGAGGCGCCAGACGCAUCAUUCCUUGAGGAGAAGGCGGGCCAACUGGACUUCAUCCUGGUUCCAAAGAAGGACCACGAGACUUUGAAGAAAACUGUCGAGGCGCCAGAUGUAUCAUUCCUUGAGGAGAAGGCGGGCCAACUGGACUUUGUCCUGGUCCCUAAGAAGGACCACGAGACUUUGAAGAAGACUGUCGAGACGCCAGAUGCUUCAUUCCUUGAGGAGAAGGCGGGUGAACUGGGCUUUGUCCUGGUUCCAAAGACGGACCACGAAAGUAUGAAAAAGGAUAAUGCAGCUAUGAAGAAGGCCGUCGAGACGCCAGACGCUUCAUACCUUGAGGAGAAGGCGGGCCAACUGGACUUCAUCCUGGUCCCUAAGAAGGACCACGAGACUUUGAAGAAGACUGUCGAGACGCCAGAUGUCUCAUUUCUUGAGGAGAAAGCAGGCCAACUGGACUUUGACCUGGUUCCCAAGAAGGACCAUGCAACCAUGAAGAAGAUUGUCGAGAUGCCAGAUGCUUCAUUCCUUGAGAAGAAGGCUGGUGAACUAGAUUUCGUUCUUGUUCCUAAGAAGGACCACGAGACUUUGAAGAAGGCUGUCGAGACGCCAGACGCAUCAUAUCUUGCAGCAAAGGCUGGCCUGCUUGGGUGCAUUAUAAUUCCGAAAAAUGAUCAUAGAGCCAUGAAGAAGACGGUGGAGACGCCUGACUUCUCAUAUCUCGAAGCCAAGGCGAAACUACUCGGAUGUGUGGUAAUUUCCAAGAAGGACCACGAAACCAUGAAAACGGAUAAUGCAGCUAUGAAGAAGACUGUCGAGACGCCAGAUGUCUCAUUUCUUGAGGAGAAAGCGGGCCAACUGGACUUUGUCCUGGUCCCUAAGAAGGACCAUGCAGCUAUGAAGAAGACUGUCAAGACGCCAGACGCUUCAUACCUUGAGGAGAAGGCGGGCCAACUGGACUUUGUCCUGGUUCCAAAGAAGGACCACGAAACUAUGAAAAAGGACCAUGCAGCUAUGAAGAAGACCGUCGAGACGCCAGACGCUUCAUACCUUGAGGAAAAGGCGGGCCAACUGGACUUUGUCCUGGUUCCAAAGAAGGACCACGAAACUAUGAAAAAGGACCAUGCAGCUAUGAAGAAGGCCGUCGAGACGCCAGACGCUUCAUACCUUGAGGAGAAGGCGGGCCAACUGGACUUUGUCCUGGUCCCUAAGAAGGACCACGAGACUUUGAAGAAGACUGUCGAGACGCCAGACGCUUCAUACCUUGAGGAGAAGGCGGGCCAACUGGACUUUGUCCUGGUUCCAAAGAAGGACCACGAAACUAUGAAAAAGGACCAUGCAGCUAUGAAGAAGACCGUCGAGACGCCAGACGCUUCAUACCUUGAGGAAAAGGCGGGCCAACUGGACUUUGUCCUGGUUCCAAAGAAGGACCACGAAACUAUGAAAAAGGACCAUGCAGCUAUGAAGAAGACUGUCGAGACGCCAGAUGUCUCAUUUCUUGAGGAAAAGGCGGGCCAACUGGACUUUGCCCUGGUCCCUAAGAAGGACCACGAGACUUUGAAGAACACUAUCGAGAUGCCAGACGCUUCAUACCUUGAGGAGAAGGCGGGCCAACUGGACUUCAUCCUGGUCCCUAAGAAGGACCACGAGACUUUGAAGAAGACUGUCGAGACGCCAGAUGUCUCAUUUCUUGAGGAGAAAGCAGGCCAACUGGACUUUGACCUGGUUCCCAAGAAGGACCAUGCAGCUAUGAAGAAGACUGUCAAGACGCCAGACGCUUCAUACCUUGAGGAAAAGGCGGGCCAAUUGGACUUUGUCCUGGUCCCUAAGAAGGACCACGAGACUUUGAAGAACCUGGUCGAGUCUCCUAGCGUUUCCUAUCUGAGGGAAAAAUCCGAAGGCUUGGAUUUCAUCUUAAUUGCAGCCACAGAGCUACAGAAACUACAAGAGAGUCUUAUGAAACCUUCUCUAUCAUAUUUGAAAGAAAAAGCGGAAGCUUUGAUGUUUACGUUGACUUCUCAAGAAGAUUACAACAAGAUGGUUGAAAAAAUUGAGACGCCAGACAUCCAAUACUUGGAAUCUAAAGCUUUAGGGCAUAAACUAAUACCAGUUCAAGAGUAUGAAAGGUUGAAAAGUUUUGAGGGUACGACUGCAAUUGAUCUCUGCAGAAGCAAAUGUGAAGAUGCUGGCUUUGCAGUUACAGAAAGAAAGGACUACGAUACACUGUUACAAAAAGCUACUGAACCUUCAGUUCAGGAACUAAAUACCAUGGCUACUGAAAGAAACAGAAUAUUACUUACAAUUGACGAAUUUGAGAAAAUGAAGAAAGACCAUGACAGCCCUCCUAAGAAUUACUUGUUAAGCCAUCUCGAGACUUAUAAUCUCUGCGCUAUUUCUCAGAAGGACUAUAAAUCUUUGAUUUCUGCUGCGAGUGAUGAUGCUGCUCUCGGAAAAGUCAUUGAGCUGGGUUACAAAGUGUUUACUUUGGAAGAACUAGCAAAACUUGAAAAUGAGAUUAUUGACAACGCUAAAUUUUCUGACAUUGAGCAGCGUCUGAGAAACGAAGCGAUGGCCAUAAUUUCUAUUGCCGACCUAAAGGAGUUGAAAAGACCACUUCUGGAAAAGAUUGACAUAGACACUAUCUCAUCUUACUGCGAGCAGAACGGCCUCUUGGUGCUAACUACUGUGGAGCACGACAACUUAAAGAACGCCACAACUAACUUAACGUUCGAUGAGCUGCAAGACCUUGCGGCAAGUUCUGGCAGUAAAUUGGUACCCCUGACAGAUUAUAAUGAAUUACUUGAAAAAGCAAUCUCUCCUACACUUUCAUUUUUAGAGCAAGAGGCACGGAAGAUUGGCAUGGUUCUGGUUUCCAAGGCAUCUUAUGACAGAGAGCAAAAAGAAUUACAUCAUCCAUCACUGGAAAUUUUAAUCAAUCAUGCUAAUGAAAUUGAUAAAGUUGUCGUUGAUAAAAAUAUUUAUGAGACUCUGAAAGCAUUGUCUGAAAGCCCCUCUACCGAGUUUUUGAAAGAGAAAUGUCAGGAAAUGAAUUACUGCUUCCUGCCUAAUUCUGAGUACUUGCUACUCAGCGAAACGAUUCAGAAACCUUCUCAGGACUACCUGAGCUCAAAAGCUGCGGCUUUAGAUAAGGUUUUGGUGGAUAUCUCAGAGCUCGAAGACAUGAAGAGAAGAGACUGCUCACCAUCUGUAGAUGACUUGAAAGCAAAAGCGAGCACCAUGGGAAUGAAUCUUUUGUCUGAAGCUGACUACGAGGUCUUUGAAACAAUAAGAAGUCCAUCCAUCCAAUACCUACUGUCAAAAUCUGACGAACUUGGCUAUGCUAUGAUCAAGAACGAGGAUUUUGAAGCUCUUCAAAGCGUCAGAGAACGGAUGAGCAUUGAUGAACUGAACUCUAUUGCCGCAAAGCAUGCGUAUACAGUUGUUUCGGCCACUGAGUUAAAGAAACUUCAAAGCGAACUUGAUUCACCCUCGGAGGAAUUCCUAUCGACUAAGUCAGAAACAGUAGGGAAAGUCCUCGUCGAGAAGAGUGAUUAUGACACAGAUAGGGAAACUCUUGACCUCGCUAAAAAUCCAACAGCAGAUUUUGUCUCCGCCCUCGGGUCAAAGAUAGAUCAUGUUGUUCUACCAUCAACUCAAUACAGAAAGAUGGAAAAUGAUCUGGAGAAUCCUCCGAUAGGUCCCUUGACAUCCUAUCUUGAGGGCCAGGGUUUGAAACUCGUCUCCCAAAAGGAUUAUAGUGACUUGGUCUCAUUAACGCAAUCUCCUGACAUUUCAUACUUAGAAAGCAGCGCAAAACAAUUUGAGAGAAUUUUGGUACCUGUUUCUAACUACAGUGAUCUUUUGAAAACUCGAGAUGACCCUGAACUCGAUUUUCUACUAGAAAAGAUUAAAAAACACCCUGAAUAUGUGGCACUAGAAAAGAACAAAUUUGAUUUGCUUGAAAAAAAUGCUGUUAAUCCUCCUUUGGAACUCUUAAAAGUCAAUGCCACUUCUCAUGGAAAGGUGCUAGUUGAUGUCGAGGCUUGGGAAUGCCUCGAGCAUUUAAACGAGAAUCCCACUGAUGAAUUUUUGGAAAAGCAUGCUCUCAAAAACAAUAAAGUCUUGAUUGAUAAGAAAAAAUUCGAGGAUCUCAAAGAAGAGUCAUUGAAUCCUUCUUUCGAUGUCUUGGAAAGAAACAUCAAAGCAAGCAACCAAGUGCUACUCUCAGAAGAGGAUUACGAAAAGCUGAAAAACAGUUCGGAGGCACCUCCCAUUGACUUGCUUGAGAAGAAGUUGGAGAGCUUGGAUUUGAUAUCUUUAACAAAGGUGCAAUAUGAUCGAUUGAAGACCAACUCCGAAUACUCAAGCUUAGAAAAAGUCGAGCAAGUUGCGCAGAGAACCGGGAACACUGUCGUUGAAUUGCCUCAAAGAAAUGUUUUGAAUAGUAACGACUCAACACAUCCUCAAAGUGAAGAUCAUGAUUUCUUGAUUCUGACACAUGAAAAUAGGGUGCCAAAGCUUUCAAGCCUCAUGGAUCUCUCAGAAAACCAAUUGUCAGAGUUCUGCCAAAAGUUCUCUUUGUUGCCGGUAACCAAAACUGAAUACGAUUUGAUCUCUACUGAACUUCUGCCUUCAGAUUUGAAACAAUUCGUAACUUCAUCUUUGUCCAACAGUGAAACCGCUAGUAAGCAAAGCUCUACUGACCAGAGAAACGGCAUCCUCUUUGGAACCUUGCAAAAGAUCAUGAAGUCGAUAGACUUCUGUAUAGUCGACUCGGCAAAUGAUGAUUUUGGCGCCCACAAAGGAUCAUCUAUUUUAGUUCAAGGAGCUAGGCGUGACUCAAGGGAUCCUUUCUCUGGACGGCUAACAGAACAGGGCUGCUCUCGAUCUCUCAUCAAAAUAGAGUCACAAUCUCCAAAGAGUGCUUCUGGCCAUAUAAUGGCUUCUCAGGAUGAAGGGAAACAUUCCGACAGUCUGCCUGUGAAAGGUGUUGUGCUCUUAAAGCCUGAAGAUUUUGACCUUUUGUUGAGCAGUUCGGAUAACGGCGUGGUCAAUAUGGCUUUAAAUGGCGAUUCAGUAACAUUCGAAUCUGAAACGGGAGAGACUAUGAGAGUUAUAGCAUCUUUUCUCCCAAACAGUGGUUUAACCUUUUCAGUGGAAGAGCUCAAAGAAGCAGCUUUAAAAUCUGGGUACCAACUUGUACCCCACGGGGCGCUUGGUAGUUCUCAAGAAGAAAUGGACGCCAGGCAAAGACGGGAAUCUUUAUUGAGCUGUUCUUCACAAGCUAGCCUGCCUUCAGUAGCCAAUAGCAGGUCUUCCUACCGCAGCUUAAAUUACACUUCGACCAAUGAGAGCGAAUAUUAUGACGCACAACAAUCUUUUGCCGAAUCAAUAUCGUUUGAUAACUCCAGCGCAACCUUUAGCGUGGGGCCUAGCGAAUAUGAGGAUGCCCGAGACCAAACAUUGUCUGAGGAUGGAGAGCCCUUAUCUCGCACGUCGACUGUGCGCGGAGGUCAUUUAAGCCAGGGUUUCUCUCUUUCCCAGGUAAGUAAUUUUGCAAAGGAUCUAGGUUACAUCCUAGUUAAAGAAGAUGAUGACACAGUUCACGGAAGAUCUUCGGGCAUGUCUAAGCCAAUUGGCAGUCUGGCAGCCCCCUCUUUAAGUGAAGGCUCGGGUAAUGAAGCACGCUCAAACCAAGAGGAUUUCGAGAGCAUAUCAAAUUACAGCCUGUCUGAUGAUAUGUUAAGAGCACAAGCGGCUAGGUUUGGCAUGACCAUCAUAACCUGUGAAGAGCUUGCGGAAUACGAAUCUUUAAAGAAAAAUAUGGCGGAAUCACCAAAGCUGCCGGCAACUUCAAGUUCUGUUUUGAGAUCAACACCUGAGGCCGAAAACAAUGAAGGGCCUGAUUACCAGAAUCAAGAGAUUGUCGAACGGGAAACAACGGACGAUGAUACUGACUUUGACUUUAGCAAAGAGAGACCUAAUUUGCAAUACCUCAUUGACGCAGCCUCUAUACUCGGCUUCAAAUUAGUCCAAAAAGAAAGCGUGCCAUCUGUCAGCGAAAAAGUCAGCGCUGUAGUUGAGAAAGAUGAAAGCGGUUUCCAAAAUCCUGUUGAAGGCUGUCCACGUAGAGUUUCUGUCACUGAUUACUACCCUUCGAAAGAGGAACUGAUUGAGAGAGCUCAUGAAUAUGGUCUUGUUGCCUUAAACGCUGAGCACUUUGCUCAAAUCAAGGAGGAGCUUGCGGGUAGUGCUCGUAAAUUGACGCUAGAUGAUAUCAUGAUAAAGUCUGCGGAAUUCGGCUUAGUUCCAAUACAGAGAGCCCAAUUUGAGCAGAUAAAACAAGAGCUCUCAAACCCAACGCUAACAAAAGAUCAGGUGAUUGCUAGCGCAAUUGACUUUGGUUUGGUAGCUGUGGACAAAGAGGAACUCAAAAGAUUAAGCCACUUCUCUGAUUCCAGAGCCACAGACAUUGAAGACGAUGAUUUGACUUCAUCAGGAAUCGGAGGGAGCGAAGUAACUGACAACAGUGAAGAUAGAAGGGAAAUCUACAACCUUGCCAAGAAGCUUGGUUUGAUGUGCAUUCCUGAAAACAAGUUUGUUGUAACUACAACGGCAAGCGUAAUAGAUACCAACAAUGUCGUUGUUUUACCUUCUUCCUAUUACGAAAACCUUCUUGCUAAAGAACAAGAGGCGCUUAAAAUGACAACUAACGAUGAACUACAAGCUGAGGCUAAGAGGCGUGGCUUGCACAUGGGCGUCAAGAGCUCUGCGCAUGCGAGUUCGAUGGCUUCGCCUUUCGGACAAGCGAAAAUAAGCAGACAAAACACCAUCAAAUCAACGGGCUCUUCAGACUCAAAUAGCAGAAGAAGCUUGGCUGAGGCUGCGGCUGCUGCUGCUUAUAACGAUUAUGAGAUGUUCAGUACUAGAACGCGUGAACAUUCACGUUCUGCAUCUACACUCAAGCCAACGGCGCUGGGGAUGGAUGUAGAUAUUCCUCACAUUCGGCACACCUCAUUUGACGGAGGAAUCUCUCUUGCAACAGUCGCAUCCCUGAGCGAGCCCAGCAUUAUUCCCGCUUUAACUCAAACUGUGAUCGGAGAAUACCUCCAUAAGUACUACCGUCGUUUGGGUGCAUUUUCUCAGAUAAGUUCACGCCACGAGCGGUACUUCUGGGUGCACCCCUACACUAUGACGCUAUACUGGUCCACUAACAACCCAGUGCUUGAAAACCCUGCAUCUAAUAAAACAAGAGCAGCUGCAAUCUUAGGCAUUGAGAGCGUCGAAGAUUCAAAUCCUUACCCCGCUGGUUUAUAUCAUAAGAGCAUCCUUAUUACAACAGAGUCGCGUCCAAUCAAAAUAACAUGCGCUACUAGACAGCGCCACAACAUUUGGUUCAACUCUCUGCGCUAUCUGCUUCAACGCAAUAUGGAUGGCAUCAAUUUGGAUGAUACCGCAACCGACCCCAAUGAUGCGAAUAAAAUUUACCAACUUCCGGGAGAAACGGCCAAACUCACGAACCAAAGACUGUCCUCAACCAGACGACUCACCUCUUCCGGCUCUGCCAACCGGCCCAGCUCGACUCGGACACUUAGGAGGUAG